ACUCACUGCCCGCUGUGGGUACGGACAGCCGCUCCGUGUCUGUGCUUAGCUCACAUAAGUCUUCCCGGAGUGGCUGCGUUAUCAGUAGUCCGCUGUAAAGGGAGGAAAAGGGGGGAGGGGGGAAAGCAUUAGGAUUGCCUGCUUGUGAUCAUCGUGAUUAAACACUGUGAGACCGACCCCGAAGCUCUGAGACAAGAGACCGACCGUUCCCGGGACUUACAAGAGAUAUAUGUCUCUCUCGCUAUAUAUAUAUGUCCUGGAAAAAGAAACGGAUAUAAAGAAGGAAAACACGUUGGGAUUUUGUUUUGCAUUGUUUUGGAGGGGAGAAGAGAAUGGAAUUACUUCGGCUCGCUGGCUUGAUUUGGGGAGUCGCGGCGCUCACUGAAGGUGCACGGGGUCCGCCACAGAUUUCGGAGAGAGUGAUCAACCGGCAGACAGUGAGGUUGGGUCGGACGAUCAAGCUGCCGUGUCCAGUGGAGGGAGAUCCGCCUCCGCUGACCAUGUGGACGAAGGACGGCCGCACCAUUCACAGCGGGUGGACCCGAUUCCGAGUCCUCCGCCAGGGCCUGAAAAUCAAAGAGGUGGAAGCGGAAGAUGCUGGCACGUAUAUCUGCAAGGCCACCAACGGCUUUGGCAGCAUCAACCUCAACUACACACUCAUUGUGAUUAACGAUUCAAGCACAGGAAAGGAUGGACAGAAACUGCCGCAAGGAUCAAAUGGGGAAUAUAGAAACGAAGAUCCCACAGGAAAACAAUGGGUCAGGCCCCGGUUUACGCAGCCCACCAAAAUGCGUCGCAGGGUGAUAGCCCGUCCCGUGGGCAGCUCAAUACGACUCAAGUGUGCCGCCAGUGGCUAUCCCCAGCCCGAUAUCACCUGGCUGAAGGACAACAGGCCUCUCACGCCUCAGGACCUGGGAGACACCAAGAAAAAGAAGUGGACUUUAACCCUGAAAAGCCUAAGGCCGGGAGACAGUGGGAAGUACACGUGCCGUGUCUAUAGCAAAGCAGGCGAGAUAAACGCGACAUACAAGGUUGAAGUAAUCCAGACCACCAGGUCCAAACCCAUCCUGACCGGAACCCACCCCGUAAACACCACGGUCGAUUACGGAGGGACCACCUCCUUCCAGUGCAAGGUCCGCAGUGACGUCAAGCCUGUGAUCCAGUGGCUAAAGAGAGUGGAGUAUGGAAGCGAGAACAAGUACAACUCCACCAUCGACGUUGGUGGGCAGAAGUUUGUCGUGUUGCCGACCGGCGAGGUGUGGUCCCGGCCCGAUGGCUCUUACUUAAACAAACUGAUGAUCUCCAGAGCAAAGGAGGAGGAUGCAGGGAUGUAUAUCUGCUUGGGUGCUAACACCAUGGGUUACAGCUUCAGGAGUGCCUUCCUUACUGUGUUGCCAGACCCGAAGCCCCCGAAUGUGCCGGUGGCCACCACAUCCCACGGCAGCCUGCCCUGGCCGGUAAUCAUUGGCAUUCCUGCCGGUGCCAUCUUCAUCUUCGGCACGAUCCUGCUCUGGCUCUGCCAGACCAAGAAGAAGCCGUGCGCCACCCCAGCGGCAGCGGUGGCCGCCAUCCACCGGCAGCAGCAGAGGGAGCGGACCUGCACGGCACAAGUGCCAGACAAGGAGAGCAUCACGCCGAUAAACUACGACGAGUACCUGGCCCAGCAGCAGCACCUCCUGGCUCAGGGGCCUCCGCUAGGGGCGGCAACCCCCACGGCCCCGAAAAUGUACCCCAAGGUUUACACAGACGUCCACACCCACACGCACUCCCACGUCGAAGGCAAGGUCCACCAGCACCAGCAUAUCCACUAUCAGUGUUAGCUCACGGGGCCCUUGGUGUCUGGCACAAGGCUGCAUCCGUCUUCCAGCAGGACCUCAUAAGACUAAGUACCUCUCUCAUCAGCCCGCACUGCCAGUUUGGUGAAGGCUGGCUGGCUAGCAAAGACCUGCCUGAGGAACCUGACACUGAAAGCGGCAAAUGGACCUGCUCCCGAAUCCCCCACGAAAUGAGAGUGUACUUGAAUGCAGAGAAACAAACCUAGGAUGCAGCGAAUUAUUCGAGGUGAUAUUUUUUGUGAAGAGGUUCACACCAAAACUUCGACCAGAUGCAUAACGUGCUUUCAAUAAACCUGCAAUCUCAAUCAUCUCACAUUAAUCCCAAUUUUUUUUUAAAUGCAACUAACUUUUAGUGCACUGUCCAACUAAUUGAAACUCUGCCCCAAGUACUGAACAAUUACUUUGUAUCGAUAAAUUAUAUUUAAAAAUUGUAAACUACUUAAGGUAUAUUUGAAUACUGUGAGACUAGUUAGUUUAUACAGUAGGGAUUCCCAACACAAAGAUACCUUGUCCUCAACAAAACCAAAUAAUAUUUAUAUAGUAUAUAUAUUUCAAAAAUAAUUACAAUGAUCUGAAAUGAACAGGAAUGACAAAGAUUAUAUUUGCAAUACUACAGACAAAAUAAAUCUGUGGAGGCUUCAGAUUAAAUUCUUUGUGUUUUGAAGAAAGAUGCUGCCUACAUUAGGUUCCUGGCUCACUUGUCUCAGAUUGAAACAGUCUGCGUUACAGUAUGGAUGUCUGCUGGGUGCCGUGGAAACUUUGGAACUAAGCCUGCAAAAUAAACUUUGGAACUAAGCCUGCAAGAUGUCUGGCCACUGCCGAUGGAACAGCGAAACAAUGCUUCAAAUGCGAACUGGCAGGGACUGUAAGCUGAAAUGCUUUCACAUCCAUGCAGCAGCACAGUGGUUGUCGCUCCUGCUCUCUUUCACUGAAGAGACAAAUGACCCUGGGCAAUCUGUCACCUCGGUAGGGAAAGGCAAAGUGAUCGCGGCCCAGCGCCUGCCCAGGUGGUGCCUCCAGUGCUUACGCUCUCACCGGCAACCAAACCUUCCUGUUCCAUACGACCGCAAUUGCAAUGACAUUGUAGCAUAUAGGACUUCAGUAGUGCCUGUGUGGAUUAGAGAGAGAAAGAGAGAAAGAGAGAGAUACUAAUCACAGAAAUAAGCCUUCUUUUGUUGUAAAACUAUAUAAAUUUUAAAACAGAAAGUCAUGUAUAUUUAAUUUAUUUUGUUAAGCAAGAAAAAAAAGUGUAUCAUAUUUUCCGCUGAAACUGGUGUUUCUAUAAAUAUAUUUGAUCAAAGGCGAAACUGAAUGGUAGCAGAGUUCUUGCACGUAGGGAGCGAAAGUGACCUUACACAGCAUGUUUUGGCUUACACCAUCAAUUGGUAAGUGUAGGUAGAGAGUGUGUGUAAGAUUUUUAUGCAAAGCCUUUUUAUCCAAAAAAAAGAAAAUGUUAUAAUAAUCUUUAUAUCGACAAUCUUGUAUAGGCUGCCCCAUGUUACCACCAGCUUCUUUGUUGUAUUUUGUCAAGCUUUGAACACAAUUGUAUUAAUUUUAAACAUUUUCAGAAAGAACUAUUUUAUUGAAGAGGGUGACAUUAUGGCAUAAAAGGACUAAUAUCACUGCAUCUGUUUAUAUCUUAAUAUUAUUUUCCCAGAUUACCUGAACAGCUUCUGAAAAUUCUAUGAGAAAUAAAGACACUUCAAAAAUAUUUCAAGCACAUCAGUAACCCAACUGAGUAGCUAUGGGACGUUCAAGGAGUUGCCAAGGCAAAUUCCUUGUAUGUGAAUACUUGGCCAAUAAAUGUAUUCAAUCAUUCAUUCAUUACUAGCAAUCUAAAGCGAAUUUGUGACACUGUAAAAAGUAAUAAGAAACUACUAAAACCGUUCCAGAUUGAACUGCCCGUCCUAAUCAAUCAUUUGUGCUAAAAACAGUUCAUAAGUGAUCGGAGCAAAAUUAGGCAAUUUGGCCCAUUAAGUCUACUCCACCAUUCAAUCAUGGCUGAUCUAUCUUUCCCUUUCAAGCCCAUUCUCCUGUCUACUCCCCAUAACCCCUGACACCCGUAUUAACAGCUUUGACCGCUGUUAUAAGGGACACUUAAUUAUAAAAGGGGUUCUUAAGGGGUUGGACAGGCUAGAUGCAGGAAGAUUGUUCCCGAUGUUGGGGAAGUCCAGGACAAGGGGUCACAGUUUAAGGAUAAAGGGGAAAUCCUUUAGGACCGAGAUGAGAAAAACAUUUUUCACACAGAGCGUGGUGAAUCUCUGGAACUCUCUGCCACAGAAGGUAGUUGAGGCCAGUUCAUUGGCUAUAUUUAAGAGGGAGUUAGAUGUGGCCCUUGUGGCUAAAGGGAUCAGGGGGUAUGGAGAGAAGGGAGGUACAGGAUACUGAGUUGGAUGAUUAGCCAUGAUCAUAUUGAAUGGCGGUGCAGGCUCAAAGGGCCGAAUGGUCUACUCCUGCACCUAUUUUCUAUGUUUCUAUGUUUCUAUGUAAAGGUUGGUCAGUACUAAGUGCAGUGGUUGGCAUAUUUGGGUGUGGGGACAUUACCAGUGCUUCAAGGUAUGCUUGUGUCAGUAAGCUCUAUCCAUGGCUAAGCUGGAACUCACCAACCCACGUCCAUUGGGAGAAUGAGGUGAAUGGGCAAAAUAGCUAGACAGAUUCAAAGUGAUGCAAAUCUAUCAGCCCACCGGACCACAGAAUAAUAACCACAACUGCAGUAGGUACAUUUCAAUAAAUAGCAUACGGGAAAGCCUAUGUACACUUUAAUACACCAAUAAAUAUUAAUGAAGAGCCGGAUACAUUGAAUUUUCAUCUCGUUUAUACUGGGCUACUUUCUUAAAUAAAGUUCCAUCAAACAGCAUGUAGCAGUCAGCUGAAAUUGGUUUCAACGAUCUGUUAGUAAAAAUUGUUUCCAGUAAUGGGAAACCUUUGAUAAUAUGUCAUGUAAACCGUAAAAAUUGUACAAUAUUUCCCGAUCUGUAGAAUAAAACAGUGUACAUAUAUCAA